CGAGGGCGGUUCGCGAGUUGGACAUAAAUUGAGCCCCGUCCUCCUCGUCACUCUUUUGGCCCUUGUCGUUCUCUAGCGUCCUCCCGCGCGCAGUUGCGGCCCCUCUGCUCUGGGAGCAUGAUGCUCAUUAUGCUUCUCGUUUCUCUCUUCGCCGCCCUCCUACUAUGCUGCCUUCUCUUCCCGUCAGUCUGGGCCUCUAUGGCUGGGGAUGAACUCCUCGAUGCUCACGAGGCUGGUCUGGCGUUGGUUGCAUCGCGAAACCCCAUUCGAGAAUCUGGCCCGCCAGCCUGCAUGGCGAAGCUUAUCAUGUUGCGACAUAAGAUAAACCAAGCAAAUACCAAACGACGAUGUAGCGUUAGCCAUGCCCGUCAAGCAGCCUUGACAUUUCACGUCUCACCCUCCCGACCACAUCGCAACGCGACCUGGGGACGAUUUCACCGAGCUCUCGGAAAGCACUACUAUUGACUGAGAUCGCUUAUGGAAGGAAAUAUACUCGUGGUUCGGCUUUGAUACCCUAAAGUUAUCGUACUUCUUGCUUUGUUCCACCACGGUCUUCUUCAGUGACGAUCUUUAAUGCGCUCCCCACCCUUGUUUAUGUUAUAUAUAAUGCCCUCCCGAUGCCCCUCCCUGACUUUCCUAUAGAAACUAGCGAAUGUACAGUUGUCUCGUUGUACCAUCCUCGUCUAAUUGGCUUAACCAAGAGACAAUUCCC